ACGUCACAUCCGGAGACGCACCAUCCUGCUAUGUAAAAAAAAUGGCAGCGCUCAUUACAGUAAGGGGCUCAUUCGCGCUUAUGAGACGCUUGGUCUCUGUCCAGCAUCUGCACAAGUGUUGUUACUCUAAACUUCAGACAUCUUAUGUACCACACACACACAACGUAUAUUCCAGCAGUGCUUUGCAUCAGCACAGAUUUUUCCGCACUAGCUAUGCUGCAGCAGGACCAAUUUUACAGUUCAAGUUGUCAGAUAUUGGGGAGGGAAUUAUGGAGGUGACUGUGAAAGAAUGGUAUGUGAAGGAAGGAGACCGAGUGUCCCAGUUCGACAGCAUCUGUGAAGUUCAGAGCGACAAAGCAUCAGUUACAAUCACCAGCCGCUAUGACGGAGUCAUCCGCAAACUCCACUACGAUGUUGAUUCUAUUGCAAUCGUGGGCAAGCCUCUAGUUGAUAUUGAAACUGAUGGAGGACACGCUGUAGCUCCGGAGGAGGAUGUGAUGGAAACGCCAGCUGUGUCACAGGAAGAACACACUCACCAGGAUAUUAAAGGCCACAAGACACAGGCCACACCUGCAGUGCGACGCAUAGCAAUGGAAAACAAUAUCAAGCUCAGUGAAGUUGUCGGGACUGGAAAGGACGGGCGCAUUCUUAAAGAAGACAUCCUGAACUUCAUAGAGAAGCAGACAGGAGCCAUCUUACCCCCUACCCCCUUCCAGGAGAUCCAGCCUCCUCCUCCCACACCUCGUCCAGCUGCUAAGCCCAAAGAGAAGAAGCCUCUGAGCAUCCCUACACCUGUCGUCCCAAGGCCGGUGUUUACAGGCAAAGACCGCACAGAGCCGCUUAAAGGUUUUCACAAAGCCAUGGUGAAGACGAUGACGGCAGCUCUGAAGAUUCCACACUUCGGCUACAAGGAUGAAGUGGACCUGAGCCGGCUGGUGCAUCUGCGCUCCGAGCUGAAGGACGUGGCUGAGCAUCGGGGAGUAAAGCUCAGCUACAUGCCCUUCUUCAUCAAGGCAGCGUCACUCGCUCUCCACCAUUUCCCGAUCUUGAAUUCCUCUGUGGAUGAAGCAUGCCAGAAUAUCACAUACAAGGCUGCACACAACAUUGGUCUGGCCAUGGAUACGCCCCAGGGUCUGCUGGUGCCCAACAUAAAGAAUGUACAGAUGCUUAGCGUGUAUGAAAUCGCCACGGAGCUCAAUCGACUGCAGACUUUGGGUGUAUCUGGGCAGCUUAGCACAACGGACCUUACUGGGGGAACAUUCACACUCUCCAACAUCGGCUCAAUUGGAGGUACUUACACAAAGCCAGUGAUCCUGCCACCUGAGGUUGCGAUCGGUGCGCUUGGAAAAAUCCAGGUUUUACCCCGCUUCAACGCCAAGGACGAGGUUGUGAAAGCACACAUCAUGUACGUGAGCUGGUCUGCAGAUCACAGAAUCAUUGACGGAGCCACAAUGUGUCGCUUCUCCAACCUCUGGAGGUCUUAUCUGGAGAACCCAGCCUCCAUGGUGCUGGAUCUGAAGUAGAUCGUCCUACCUUUAGAACACAUCCAGACACUGACUAGCGUUUGAACAAUGUUGUGAUUAAGUUACUGAAUUAAGCUACUCCAGAAUUUGAAUUCCCCUUUCUUUUUCUUUUCCCUUUUCAUGAUCUCAUUCUUCUCUCAUGACAUGGACUGUUUCACACAUUAAGGACGUUAACACAUUGUCAGAUAUUCGACUCGAAUGUACAGCUGCUAGUCUUGUGUGGGUCAAUUGCUUUUUUUCUGUAAAUACACACAACCAAGACACAGCCUACAGACUGUUAUGUUGUGUGUUGUUCAGUGCGUGUUUGUCCUCCUCUUUCUGCCUGGGUGGAAAAUAUCAGUGGGCGUGUCUUGUUUCUGUUUUAAUUGUCAUGAACACUAUUAACACUUCCUCGAACUUGUAAAUGCAGAUACUUUUACCUCCCGACAAAGGCAUUAUUGCACAAAUAACUUUUGAGAGUGUACACACACAUAUCCAGGCUGUGAUUAUGGGAUGUUUGGUAGUGAAGAAAAUCAUGAAUUCGUUACUGGGUUGGAUUUUACUGUAUUUAAGGAAAAAUCGGAAAAUGUAUGAAUUGUGUGUGGUUUUAGAACAGGUCUUUGGAUGUUACAUAAGAACGCACCGUUUAUCUGGUAUUUUUUGUUGUUUUGGUUUGUGUGGAUUUUGAGGGGGGGAACAGUUUUAAUAAAUGAUGUCGUUAUGAAAUGGCAA